AUGGAAGCUCUAACAACGAGGAAAAGACCUCGGCGCUUCUGUGAACAUUGCGACACUACACUCUCUAAUACACAGUAUUACGACCACAGAAAGCUCUAUUUCAAAAAUGGAGUUUGGGAGAAAAAACACAAAAGGACUAGGUCAGAUAACGCACCGAGCCUGUUGCUAUCCAGUCAUGACCCAACCGGCAGGAGUUAUGUUCAGCCUGGAGUUGGAGAGAUUGACGAAGGUGAAAUGCAGUCCGAGGACCCAGAAAAAGAAGUGAUGGAAGAAAUGCACCCGGGGACUGACGGUUCCGACAACGACGAAACCGCAGAUGACCAAAGCAUUCAUCUUUUCCUGGACUCCAGUGAUUCAGAGUCAGUGCAAGAUGAUGAAGACAUCUCCUGUUAUGUGGAUGAGUAUGAAGAGGACGAAGUUGUGGAAAGCCUUGAUGAGGAGCUGAGUGAAGCCUAUCCUCACAUACAAGAUGGGGAGGGGCAUGGAAGUGAUCAGUCCACAAGUGAAAAACCAGAAGACUUGUUGAUGAAAAUUCUGGCCAUGAUGCUUUUGUCAUGGCAAGCUACCUUCAAGAUUUCUGACAAUGCCAUCACAUCACUUCUUCCGUGCAUCAAACGUUUCAUAUGGAUACUUGGACAUGUCAUGUGUGCCAGUCCCCUCACUGCCUUUGCAAGCAAUAUUCCAAAGACUUUAUUCUCCUUGAGGAAAUGGACUGGUGUCCUCCGUGACAACUUCUUACAGUAUGUGGUUUGUCCAAAAUGUAUGACAGUAUACAUGCUUACUGAAACCUACGAGCUCAAACGCGAUGGCACAAAGGUUUGUAAGACUUGUGGUCACAUACCAUUCUACAAUCACCCACAGCUGAAGUCUACCUUAAGGAAGAAAUGUGGCUCUGCCUUGCUAAGAAAGGCAAAAUCUUCUUGCGGUAAAGAGUAUUUAACUCCAAUCCGUUCUUACUGUUACAAGAGUGUUAUACAGUCUCUGGAAGAACUUGUUAAAAGACCUGGAUUUGAAGAGAAAUGUGAAGAAUGGAGAAAGCGGAAAAUACCUGAGGGUGUGUUAGCAGACGUGUAUGAUGGACAAGUAUGGCAGGAUUACCAGUAUGUGAAUGGAGAGCCUUUUUUAGCAGAGCCAAAUAAUUUGGCCUUGAUGCUGAAUGUGGACUGGUUCCAACCUUUCAAAGAUGCACCAUAUUCAGUUGGAGCCAUCUACUUGCAGAACUACGACCAGCCAUUAUAA